UCAUUGCAUCUCGACACCCACCAAAGUGACUUUGUUAUAUCCUUAUUAUUUUCCUCGGCUGAGAAUAACUCUAUUUUCCCGCGUGCGCAUAAAAUGGCUGAACUCUCUGGUAAAUUUCAACUGAGCGAUGCUGACGAAGACAAUUUCGACAAGAUCAUGGAAGCCGUUGGCGUGUCGGAAGAGAAACGGGCCCGAGGCCGAUCUAUGCGGCCGACGAUUCAAUACUCACGCAACGGAGACGAUUACACGAUGACUUACAUCACCGGCGAUGGCAGGGAACUUGCCCACACUUUCCAGCUGGGCGUCGAACUGGACGAGACCACCAUGGACGGACGCAAAGUCCUGAGCACAUACAAGCGCGAUGGCAAGAACAUGAUCCAGCACGAGAAACAAGAAAAUGGACUGGUGAUUGUCUACGAACGCGAAAUCACGGGCGACGAACUUCACGUGCAAAUUUCAUGUGGAGAUCUCAAGGCCCACAGAGUCUUCAAGAAGCUGUAAACGCUGUUAUAAAACAAGUCGUAUAAUAAUAGCAAGACACAAUUUUGGCGUUAGACGUUUUCAACUAUUACAUGCAAAUAAUAAAACGUUUAGCGCUUAGUUUGUUGGAAUUUUAUUUUUGGUUUGUUGAUUUUUCUGUUUUCUUCAAGUCAAACGAAAAGUGAAAGUGGCCGAAGGAAAAGUUUGUUUGUCGGGUCAAUAUAUGACGCCCACGAUGAGUUAAGAUAA